GUUUUAGGUGAAGGGGAGCGGAGCUGCCGGUGCGCUCUGCGAUGUCAGCCGCUGUCAGUAGGCGGGAUGGGAAGAGGAGAAGAAGCUUUACUUGCAGACGUUUCCUCGCUGGGUUGAGCAGCGGACAGUUAAUUGCUACCUGAAGACAAUUAAAGCAGCAGUUGAGGAGCGAAGACAGUGUUUGGUGUCAACUUUGAAGAAGCUGCUGUGUGCUGGAGCAGCCGGUGGAUGUUGCGCCAUGGAGAUAAAAAGAAGACUUCGAGCCAUGCUGAUGUUAAUAUGGAUUUUUCAAGGUGACACCAAGAAGGUGGAGAUCCCUAGAAGUGAGAUGGAAGCGGUCAAGGGCCAGAUGGUGGUGUUACACGCCUGGUACAGCCCCCACUCAGACAUUUCCAAAAACUCUGUUGUCUGGCACUUCACGGGAAAAGCGUCCAAGCAGGUGAUAAACUUUAGCUCAGGCGAGGUCGGGCACGGCCAGAACGAGUUCACCAAAAGAGUGGGCUUCAGUGCGGCCAUGCCCUCAGCCAACCUCUCCAUCUACAUCAACAACACCCAGGAGUCUGACUCUGGGCAGUACUUCUGCCAUGUCAUCAUCCCUGGAAGUCCUGGCCUUACCGGAGAUGUGCGCCUUAAUGUCAAAGUCCCUCCUUCUCCACCAGUGUGCAGCAUGACAGGGGACCCAGUGGUGAAGGGCAACGUGACUCUGAGCUGCAAGUCCAGUCAUGGGAAACCCAUCCCUCAGUACAAAUGGACCAAGGCUGCACCCUUGUCUGAGGUCUUCUUCUCCCCGAUGCAGAAUGAGAGACACGGCACCCUCAGGCUGAGCAACCUCACUAAAAGCAUGUCAGGGAAGUACAUCUGCCGAGCCAGCAACACUGCCGGCUCUGACAGCUGCUCCAUUAACCUGGAGGUUAUCACCUCCUCCAAUGCAGGCAUGAUUGCAGCAGCUACACUGGGGUCGGUGGUGGGAUUGGUGGCCAUGGUGCUCUUCCUCAUAUUCAUUCUGAAAAGGAGAAGGGACACUGAAGAGGAGAUGGCCAAUGAGAUCAAGGAGGAUGCUCAGGCACCAAAGCGUGUAUCGUGGGCAAAGAGCAACACCGGCUCGGACAUCGUAUCCAAGAAUGGCACGCUGUCCUCCAUAGCAACCAGCCCUCGGCCCCGAGACCCCCACCAGCCCAACUACCACUACCCAUACUCGCCCACGUCGCUGUCAGACACCGGCUCGGUGAUCAACGCCUACCAGCUGCGACCCGGAGAAGCCAACACGCUGCAGGGACUUCCUGGCUACAACAUCGGAGGAACCCCGUCACGCAAACACAAGCGACCUCCCAGUACAAACGGGGCCCCUCCGCAGAUUCUGAGGAGCCCCUUGGUCGCCAUCCCCAACAGGACUGAGGGGGCUCAGCCUCAGGUGCCACCUUCGCUCACUGUCUCCCCACAAAUCAGCUCCUCCACUCUGACACGCAUGGGAGCUGUAGCUGUCAUGGUGCCUGCUCAGAGCCAAGCCGGCUCACUGGUGUAGGCCAGCAGAAGGACAGUGGUUACGGAUGGAGAGAAAGUAUGCCUUGAAAUGGAAAGCACUUUCUCCAUGAACACCUGAAAGGUUGUGAGAGAUAAAAAUGUCUCACAGGUCUCUACGGUUUGUUCUUUUUCUUUUUGUUCCUUUUUUUUAAGAAAUAUAUUUUUAUUUGCACUCUUACAAAGAGGACUCCAAAAUGGAAUCCGAAUAUAAUUAUUUUUAGUAAGGUUUCCUUGAAAACGCCAAUGAUUUCAAAAGGUGUUAAAGGGGAAUUAUGGCAUUUCUUAGCCUGUUUUUGUGUCAAAGUGACAACAAUUUCAGAAAUGUAUCCAGUAUUGAGACUACACUUGAUCUUAGCCAAACCCAGUAUUGAGUGAUAGCGCUAUUAUAAUUGUGAUAAUUAUAUCCUGCUAUGCUUUUGUGUGUAUUGAUGCCAGGUCAACACCAUAGUCUGUACAAAGAAUGGAUGAUACGCUUCUACUUCUUCCCAUUAUACAAAAGUGAAUCCAAAAUAUCCUGGAAAGAGCCUUACUGCCAUAGAGAUAUUCUUGCUGUUUAAGCACACGGUCACGUAUACAUCUGGCGGUGUUGCUUGUGUACAACGUGCGUUACUGGAGGUUUCCACCAGAGGGCACACCAGAGAAGUCAGACCCUAUAAAACUACAGGAUUUGCAGGAUAUAAAUAACAAACAUGGCAACCAUUCAUGAGGUAAUUCAAUUUGUUAAUUCUGAGAUCAUGGGAGAAAAAGUGACAGCUGGGCCAUUGUAGAUGAUAAAAAAAAAUGGUGAGUACUCCUCCUAUAUGUCCCUACUGUUCACGUGUUUAUUGCAUCUUGCAGACGCAGAGCGUUCAUUUCUGCAAACGAGACAUUUGCCAUCGUGCGCACGCGAACAAGUAGCUAACAGAAAGUAUGUCUCCGGCCUUAUGGACCUGUCAGACUGUCCAUGUUUAUAUACACCCUACGAUCAACACAGUCAAUUUUUUGAAAAGCUAACAACAUUAGCUUACCUCUGCUCUGCCUUAAGAAGGUGUCCAAUCUUGGAUCAGCAUUUGUGUUACGGACAAGGCUCUUUGAUACGGAAUUUCCUCUCACAGAUCUUUACUCAAACAGAAUCCAAAAAUUUGACUUUUUCAUGAAAACCAAACAAAGAGGGAAACCGUUACGACACCCAGGGACUCAUCCGGCUGACUGUCACCAGUUAACAGGGUCACUCGUUAAUUCGUAACACCGGCUGCAGCACCCUCAAUACUGGAUCAGUUUUUAAAAAAUGACCAAAUAAGCCAGGUUUAUUUAAUUUUAUUUACUCAUUUAAAGUUGAUUCAGUUCCGUCAUGCAAAUUGAACUUUCCCAGCAUAGGUUAAGCAGCUGUGUUUGGAUUUAUGCUUUAUUGAACCAAAUCAACAGAAAAUGAGUCAUGUUUACUGAAAUAAUCCUGGCACUAUUUGCUAAACUCACUUUAUGGAAACAGGCCUCUGAAAAAUGACAAAAUUCCCCUUUAACUUUAUACAGUGUCUGGAUACUGUAAACAAUAACCAACAGUUCAGUUUAUUUAAGAGUUUUUGCAAAAUAUAAACGUUUGUAUAAUAACUAAAUAUAUACAAAUACUAUGAUUUGUAUGGCUGUGAAAGGAACACUUUUCAGUCACUUCUCUCAGGCUAAACUAGUUCACAUUCAGGUGAGAGAAUAAAACGUCUCGCAGGUCCCUUCAGCUUCUUCUUUUUUUAAGAAAUAUAUUUUUAUUUACACUCUUAAAAGGAUGUUUUUCAAUAUGGAAUCUAAUAGUAUUAUGAUUUUAAGGCAGCACAUAUAAAACGGCAAUGAUUUCAAGACAGUUGUGUUGACUUACUACAGUGUGUCUAAAUACCGUAAACCACUGAGGCUGGACUUUGCACUUCUUGCAAAAUAUAAUGUUUUGCCAACGUUUAUAUGAUACCUAAACGUAUAGAAAUAUUAUGGUUUGUAUGGCUGUGUAAGGAUCACAUUUCAGUCACUUCUCUCAGGCUAACUGCACUAGUUCAGAGUCAGGUGAGAGAAGUUUAAUUUACAAUUCUUUUUUUAAAGAAAUAUGUUUUCAUUUACAUUCUUAAAAAUGUUUUUUUUUCAGUAUGGAAUCCAAUAGUAUUAUGAUUUUAAGGCAGCACAUGUAAAACGCCAAUGAUUUCAAUAUAGUUGGGUUGACCUAAUGCAGUGUGUCUAAAUACUGUAAGCUAAUGAAGCUGGAAGUAUAAUGUGUUGGCAAAGUUUGAUACCUAAACGUAUCGAAAUAUUAUGGUUUAUAUGGCUGUGUAGGUAUCACGUUUCAAUCACUUCUCUCAGGCUAACUGCACUAGUUCAGUCAGGUGAGAGAAGGAAACGUCUCACAGGUUCCUUCAGCUUAAUUUACAUUUCCUUUUGUUUAAAGAAAUAUGUUUUUCUUUACACUAAAAAGGAUGUUUUCAAUGUGGAAUCCAGUGUUAUAAUUUUAAGGCAGCACAUGUAAAACGCCAAUGAUUUCAAGACUUACAGUGUGUCUGAAAACCGUAAACCAUGAAGGCUGAAUUUUGCAUUUCCAUUUGGCAGUUAUGUUUUGGCAGCAUUUGUAUUAUAACUAAACAUAUAGUUUUUUUAUUUUGUUUGAGUGGCUGUGUAAGAAUCACGUUUCAGUCAUUUCUCUCAGGCUACCUGCACUAGUUAAAAAUCACAAUUCAGGUAUUUUUAUGUUUUAAACCCACAUUUUCUUUCAUGUGAGGGUUGUUUUAUUUAGCCUACUUUAACAGCGUCAGUAGGUUUCAUGAUACUGACGUCUUCUGAGAAAACAUUUAUGAGUAUAUUGCCUGUUAUGGUAGUUGGAAUGUAAUCAAAAUAGUGAGUACAACAUGUUGAUGGUUUCUUGCUAUCUCGUUCAAAGGUGCUUGGUAUAGCGUGAUAUAAUUACUGUAAACAUACGAGGCCGGUAGUCGAUGAGAUAUCAGACCAACCUUCCUGCUGAUGGUCGUUUGUUUUCUUGUGAACUCUGGAAAUAAUGUGACAGUGAGUUAUUUAUGCUGAGCGGCUACAUGUAGCACUUUUAAUACAGUUCUGAUUGUUGAUAAUUAUUUUCAAUAAAGUGUUCUGGAGUGUU